UACUGGCAGAUCUUGGGCCCCUACAGCCCGUGGAUUGUGACAUUGUCCUUAUCAGCUGCUUUUGCCCAAGCUCUUGAGUUUCCACAUCUGGAGGAUCCUUCACACUGAAAAGACGAGAAUCCCAGCGGAGAGAUGCUGGCGCAAGAAGGCUUGCUGAGCAUCGCCUGCAGCAGCCACAGCGAGCAGGUGGCUUAUUUGCUGGUCGAAAGAAGCAGGCUGCUGGGAAAGAUCGAGGCGCUGGAGCAGAAGCUGGGUUCCCCCUGCUGUCUGGGACACUUUUGUGCUGCUCGCCUGCAGUCUCGCGAUGAGGAAUUGGCAGGAAAAGGUGCUCGCCAGGAGCAGGCAGAGCGAGACCUGGACGAGGCUCCUCACUGGCUGCCAGUGGCUCGUGACGGCAUCCAGGACCCAAUGGGAGAGCCAGGGACCCCCGACGUGGAGCAGAGCAGACCGGCUCCAUCUGUGACAGACUGCUUGCCGGAGGAGACAGAAGCAGGGAAAAGCAAUGGUAAAUGGCAUGCCGAUUCAACUCUCACUUGGCAUCUUUUAAGGCCCGCAGAUGCUAGACUGAGAGCCACUGGUAUUAGGAGCAUGUUGAUGAUGGUGCUGUGCUCAGACUUCACCCAGCGUCUCUCUGGGUGCCCCCAAUUAACGGCUUCUGAUUGCCUUUCGAAAUGUGUGAGAUGCCGGAGGCCACAGAGGCCAGCUCCCUUCUGGAUGAAGAGAUCUCAGCGUUACUGAACAGGGUCC